AGGAACAUGACAAGUGUGUGAGCAAAAAUUGUCAAUAAUUGUUCAACCUAAAUUAAAAAAAGUUUCCACAGUACAAGUCUUGGAUCCACCAAAACAAGAUGAUUCGUUUGGUUCUAGUUUCUUCUUUCGUUGUGAUCUUGGGCUUCUACCAAGCUAAAGGUGCACCAAAUGGCCUCCUACUCAAGAACGACGAGGCCCGUGCUCCCUACCGAUCAAUUGAAGAAAAAGGGGCAGAUUUAGCUGCUGGGAGACUCGUUGAAGGGAAAUUUGGUGGGGUAGAAGCUCUUGUGACUGACUAUCCUCAAAUAGCAGUUGGGGUGGCCCUCAUCUGCGGGCUUGGGGUAGUAUUGGAGAAACUUGGGCGGGACCUUGCACUUUAUAGCAGUGGACCAGAAAAAAAAUAUCAAAGUUGGUAAGUGAACUGUGUAUCAGUCAUAAACGUAAAAAGAAGAAUAAUAAUGAAAUGGUGCCUUCUAGUGUGAAACCCUAUAACAUUAAAUAGUG